AUGCACCUUCGGUCGUCCUUCUCGUUCGAGCCGUCGGCGGUGGUGCCGGUGAACGCGAGCAGCCUUGUGGCCGAGAACGACGUGCCGGCCAAAUACCACCGCGCACUCUCGGUCGUCUCGGCCAUCUUCAACAAGUACUACAACGGGUCGCACCGCGCGGUUGACGUCGACGUGGCCCGGCGUCUCGUGGCCCACGAAGAUGCGCUCUUCAGUAUCCAGUGCCACAUCGAACAAGGCCCGGCUGCCAUUCAUCGCGAAAAGAAGUCGUCCGAGGUGCGCGACAUCACAGCCCAAGCCCAUCACGCGACGCCGUGGUUUACGCUCUGUGGCGGGUACCUCAACGGCCCCGGCUCUGUCAUGCGGGAGUGGGACAAGCUCGGUGAGAUGGCGCCGGAAGCAGCGAUGAACGAGUAUGUAGCUCUCGUGGAUCGGCUCUUGCCAGGCUGGGACGAUCAGUCCGAGUUCCCGGUCGCACGUCAGGACCGGUUCUGGCAAGACGACGCCGUGCGCUCGGCGUGCUCCGUGUGCGAAUCGGCCUUCACGGUGCACAACCGACGCCACCACUGUCGCAUGUGCUUUGACAUUUUUUGCCACCUCUGCACGGCGUCGCAGGUCGAGCUGCAGCUCUCGCGAGGCGCGCCGCCGCGCAAGUACCGGCUCGCCGAAGUCCGCCGGCUGGUGACGGAGAACCGGCGCAUCAAAGACGCGAUUCAGGUGCUUGCCAAGACCACAGAAACGCAGGUCGCGGCGCAAGCGGCUGUUGUCGCCAAGCUGCGCGCGGAAGCCACCCACCUCGGCUGUGACGUGGCAAAACUCGAGGCAAUCACGGCCGCCAAGCUCGGCGCGUCACCGUCGUGCACGAUGGAAGAGCUCAAGACGCCGCCUUCGCACAAGUUCAAGCCAAGCGAGUCGGUCGAGGCAUGUGCCCAGCUGCGCCUCGCCCACCGCCAGCUUGGAAUGUGCUUGAAAGUGGCCGAGGUUCGAUCCAAGAAAGCACUCGAGUCGCUGCACGUGACCAUGGCCGUCUACGAAGAGGCCAUUCGCCACAAGAAGAUUCGGUGGCACCCAGUUGCGGCGGGCGCGCUCCCGUACUUGAGCGUCUUUGACCUUGCCAUGCUGAGCCAAACGUGCAAGACGCUGCACGCGUACAUUGCCAAGCACGAUUUGCAGCGACAAGCCAUUGCGCAGCAGGCCUUUCCCGCAUGUUUUCGCCCGCAAAUGUGGCUCUCGCGCGUCUGCAGCGACAGCGACACCAACAAGUUCAUUUGCGACCUCGCCGAAGCACUCACGUCCGCGCUCAGCCUCGAGUACGACUCGGACCAAGCCGUGCAGUGGUACUCGAUCAUGCCCAAGUCGUCGCCGAUAUGGUCGGAAGCGUACGGUCUCAUUCUCGAACGCUGCGGCGCGAUCGGGCAUCUCGAACACGACAAGCAGAUUGUGGCCGACGUCGGGCGCACGUUUGGCCGCUCUGCCGUGCGCAAGACCAAGCGCCGCGAGCGGAAAGACUCGCUCAUCAACGUGCUUCGCGCGUUUACUAGCACCAAUGCGACUGUGGGCUACUGCCAGGGCAUGAACUUUUUGGCGGCCUUUAUGCUCGCCAACGUCGAGUGGAACGAAGCGCAGGCCUUUUGGCUCCUUGCGGCCAUGGCGGUCUCGCCCACGUACGAGAUCAUGGACAUGUACAAGCCGGGCGUCCCGCUGCUCAAUUUGCGCUUCUUCCAGCUCCAUAUGCUCGUCAAACAGUGGUUGCCGGCCGUCCACGCGCACUUUGAAGCACAGGACUUUCAUGUGAGCAUGUGUGCCUCGGGGUGGUUUAUGACACUCUUUACCAACUUUGACACGCUGCCGCCAGACGCCGUCGUCCGCGUCAUGGACGGCUUUGUCGUGUACGGCUGGAAAAUGAUCUUCCGCGUCGCGCUCGCGCUCCUCACGUACCUCGAGUCGGCGAUCCUGGCCGCAGACUUGGAGGCGAUCGUGGAUCUCUUCUACAACUUGGAUGACGGCGCGCUCAUCCUGCACCCCGAGUACCUCGUGCACGCCGCGAAUAAAAUCAAGGUCACCAAUUCCAUGCUGCGGGCGCUGCAAGACGACUAUGACGAGCUGUACCCGUCGAGUCUUGGUGCGACGCUUUCGCCGCGCCAUGAGACCGCGGGGAGCACGCCAGCGCUGCCAAUGCUCAAGCUCACGUCUGCGUCGAUUGACGACGUGGGCCCAGAUACCAUGUGCACCACGUCGUAG